GUUUUUAAAGGCGGACCGGAAACAGCGUGGGGUUAUUGAAGAAUUAUAGAGCACCGUUCAACUUAAGAAAGAUCUAUCACCAAACAUAGCAACAUCCACAAAGCUGAGGAAAUGUUGAGAAAUGCCUCUGCCCAGAUACUUAAGCAGUUUGUCAGACACAGGACUACAGAUACAAGUCUGAUCCUGGAGAGAUCUAUAAACAGGGUGCAGUUGCUUGGACGGGUGGGACAAGACCCUGUUAUGAGACAGGUGGAGGGCAGAAACCCCGUCACCAUCUUCUCCAUGGCAACAAAUGAAAUGUGGAGGUCUGGGGAGGGAGAACCUACACAUACAGGAGAUGUAAGCCAGAAAACAACAUGGCACAGAAUUUCAGUAUUCAAGCCAGGCCUCAGAGAUGUGGCAUAUCAGUAUGUAAAGAAAGGGUCUCGAAUACUUGUCGAAGGAAAAUUGGAUUAUGGGGAGUACACGGAUAAAAACAAUGUUCGCCGACAAGCAACCACUAUUAUCGCAGAUAAUAUUGUCUUCUUAAGUGAAAAUCUGCGAGACCAGUAGUAAUGAAGCUUUCUCAGACUUUAGGAACCAAAAGAAGAUGGAAGAUCAUUUUUGUAUAGUGUUAUGCUGCUCACUGACUUUAAUAUCUUGAAUAACUUUGUGCCUGCCCCAGCAGUCAUACAUACACCGAUCAGCUACAACAUUAAAACCACCUGCCUAAUGUUGUGUAGUUCCCCCUUGUGUUGCCAAACAGUAGCAUUCUGAGAUGCUAUUUUCUCACCACAAUUGUACAGAGCGAUUAUCUGAGUUACUGUAGAAUUUGUCAGUUCUAACCAGUCUGACCAUUCUCUGUUGACCUCUCUAAUCAACAAGGUGUUUCCGUCCGCAGGACUGCCAUCACUGGAUUCUUUUUUUUUUUUUUUGUGGGGCACCAUUAUGAGUAAAUUCUAGAGACUGUUGUGUGCGGAAAUUCCUGGAGAUCAGCAGUUACAGGAAUACUCAAACCAGCCCAUCUGGUGCCAACAAUCAUCCAUGUGAUUAUCUAAUCAGCCAAUCAUGGGGUAGCAGUGCAUAAAAUGUAAAAAUGUAAAAUCAUGCAAAUAUAGGUCAGGAGCCUCAGUUAAUGUUCACAUCAGCCAUCAGAAUGGAGGAAGAUGUGAUCUCAAUUAUAUGAACCUUGGCAUGACAGGCUGGUUUGAGUAUUUCUGUAACUGCUGAUCUCUUUUGUGUUGUGAUUUUCACACACAACAGUCCCUAGAAUUUAAUCAAAAUGGAGCCAAAAACAUCCAGUAAGCAGCAGUUCUGUGGACGGAAACACCUUGUUGAUGAGAGAGGUCAACAGAGAAUGGUCAGAUUGGUUUGAAAUGAUAAAGUCUACAGUAACUCGGAUAACCACUUUGUACAAUUGUGGUGAGAAGAAUAUAAUAUCAGAAUGCUAUUCUGAGGUGCUGGUUGGCGCUGUUUUUGCAGCAUGAGGGGGACCUACACAAUAUUAGGCAGGUGGUUUUAAUGUUUUGGCUGCUCGGUGAAGACAAAAGAAGGAAUGUUGUUGGUGUGGAUUGUGACAUUUCGUCUUGUUCCAGAAAGGGGGCGCCAGCAGAAUGCACUUUGACAUGUAUACAUUGUAUACAAACACAUUCGUUCCAGCCCCAUGAACAGGUUUUGACUGUCCUUUGUAAUAAAAAUUAAAAAUAAUGCUACAUUUUCUCUGUUUUGAUCACUUUUAAAACAAAAGAUGUGUUGGAAACCAAACCAUGUUGGGAUUCUGUUUGUCCAAAUCUUGUCCAAUUUGUAGUGCUACCAUGCUUUUGUCUAUAAAUGUAUGCAGUUCUUUGUCAGUAAAAAGCUGAAUACACAUGCU